GAAAAAACAACAUCACUGACAAAAAUUUUAAAACGUUUCAAAACAAAACGAAAUAUUUUUAUUAAUUUCAUUAAUUUUAAGAGCUAUUCACUUGUUUAAAAAUGUUAAAUUUACAAUCAUAUGGAAGCAGUAGUGAAGGAGAUUCAGAAAGUGAUGAAAAGUCAACAGCAGAAGUGAAAACAGAAGAGUUAUUGCAUUUAAAGCCAAUUUCAAUAGAAUAUUCAAUAGCGAAAUCCUUACAAGUUCAAGCAGCUCCUCUCGUUGUUCCACAAGAAAGACAAUUGGCAGAACGAGCAAUUAACCCAACAGAAAAGGAACUAUCAUAUAAUCCAAGGUAUGAGGAACUAUUUGCUCCAAUUCACGGACCUGAUAAUCCAUUUUUAACUGAACAACAAAAACAGCCGAAAAAUACAGCAACUGGAUAUAUUGAGCCUGCACACGUAAGUGACUUUCAAUUUGAGAAUCAGAGAAGAACAUUUCAUAGCUAUGGAUAUGCUUUGGAUCCAUCUGCUGAGAGUCAAAUCGGAGGAGAAUCAUAUAUUGGUCCAAAUCUUGAAGGAGCUUAUAAUACAGAUGGAAAGACAGUUUUUGAAUCAAACAAAUUAAAACUUGAAGCCAGACGAAGGAGACAUAAAAAUGACGAUCCAGCAGAUCUAGAAGGAUUUUUGGGUCCCUGGGGAAAGUAUGUUGAUGAGAAGCUUAUUGCACAGCCAUCAGAUCAAGAAAAGGCUGAAAUUGAGGAAAUGAUGGCAAAGAAACAGCGCAGAAACAAACGUGAAGUUGAAGAGAAGCCAGUCGAAGAGAAAUCAAUUCUUCACAUUAACGAUUCCGUUGAUUACCAAGGAAGAUCAUUUUUACAUCCUCCGCAUGAUGUUGGCGUUAGCUUAAAAGCGGGUGCUCAUCCAGAUCGUUGCUUCCUUCCAAAAGCACACAUUUACACUUGGACUGGACAUACGAAAGGAAUUUCAAGUAUCAAAUUGUUCCCGAAAUCUGCUCAUUUACUGUUAUCGUGCAGCAUGGAUACAAAGAUUAAAAUUUGGGAAAUGUAUAAUGAGAGACGAUGCAUACGAACAUAUUCAGGACAUAGGCAAGCAGUUAGAGAUGUUGAUUUCAAUGCUAAAGGAACUCAAUUUGUAUCAGCUGGUUACGAUCGAUAUCUUAAACUAUGGGAUACAGAAACUGGAAGUGUUGUUUCAAGAUUCACGUCUAGGAAAAUUCCAUAUUGUGUCAAAUUUCAUCCAGACUUUAAUAAACAGCAUCUCUUUGUUUGUGGAACUUCUGAUAAAAAAAUUUUAUGUUGGGACACGAGAAGUGGAGAAAUUGUUCAGGAAUACGAUCGACAUUUAGGAGCUGUGAAUACAAUUACUUUUGUAGACGAGAAUCGAAGAUUUGUGACAACAUCAGAUGAUAAAUCAUUGAGAGUUUGGGAGUGGGACAUUCCAGUUGACUUAAAAUACAUAGCAGAUCCAUCGAUGCACUCAAUGCCAGCCGUUGCAUUGUCACCAAAUGGAAAGUGGCUAGCUUGUCAAAGUUUAGAUAACAAAAUUGUAAUAUUCUCGGCACUCAAUCGAUUCAAGAUGAAUAGAAAGAAGACAUUUGAAGGACAUAUGGUUUCUGGCUAUGCAUGUGGCCUCGAUUUUUCCCCAGACAUGUCAUACUUAAUAAGUGGAGAUGGUGAUGGCAAAUGCUACAUUUGGGAUUGGAAAACAACAAAAUUGUACAAGAAAUGGCAAGCACAUGAUGGUGUUUGUAUAAGUACUCUGUGGAAUCCACACGAGUCCAGUAAAGUCAUCACAGCAGGUUGGGAUAGUACAAUUAAGUUGUGGGAUUAGAGAAACAAUUUUUGAAUUAACUUUUUUCCAACAAACUUUU